AUGGUCCGUAAACUCAAGUACCAUGAGCAAAAGCUCCUCAAAAAGGUCGACUUUCUCAAUUGGAAGCAAGAUGCCAACCUUCGAGAAAUUAAAGUUAUGCGCAGGUACCAUAUCCAGGACAGAGAGGAUUACCACAAAUACAACAAGCUUUGCGGUUCCCUACGUUCCUACGCCCACAGACUUUCUCUCUUACCAGCACAAGACCCUUUCCGAAGUCGCAUGGAGGGCCAACUGUUGUCCAAACUCUACGACAUGGGUGUUUUGAACACAUCAGCAAAACUAAGUGAUGUUGAAAACAAAUUGACGGUCGCUGCGUUUUGCCGCAGGCGAUUAGCUGUCUUCAUGUGCAUGUCAAAGAUGGCUGAGACCGUCAGUGCGGCGGUUAAAUUUAUUGAGCAAGGUCAUGUUCGUGUGGGUCCCGAUACCAUCAAUGAUCCCGCGUUUCUCGUAACCAGACACAUGGAGGACUUUGUGACAUGGGUGGACACAUCGAAACUGAAACGCACUAUAAUGGAGUAUAACGACGAGCUGGAUGAUUUCGAUCUCCUUUGAGAGGGUAAUAUCAUUGGUAAAUACCGCCCAAGUUGGCCAACAUCCCGAACUGCAGCAUAACCACCGCCUGAAGCAUUCUGGCCUGAUUGCCUUCCAAAGCCCACAUUGGUGCCGAGGAUAUUUCACGGAGUUAGUACAGGAGACGGCAUCGCUGCAGGCGAAGUUCGGGGGAGAAAUAACCAGGAUAUUCCGAGUUGUCCUUAGAAAUAAAUACAUGACUUUCCUUUUC